UUAUACAACAGUUUUCAGUACGCUUCCACAAAGGAGUUCCUCGCACUAGAUGGGAGUGGAUACCGUGAAGCAGACGCAGUGAAUAACAGCGAUUUUGCAUUGUGCAAGUUAGGAUGCGGAUCACCGGGAUUUACCGAAUUGAAAUUGGAACCGUUUAAACGAGGCCAAACGGUGUAUCGUACGAUCAUCAAUCAGCACGAAACGGGCGGCUCGGCUACGAUGGCAUCGGCGUCGUCACCGAUCCAAAGUGUGACGUUGUUGUGCGCUGAUAGCGUUGAGAACAAUGGCAGCGUAUUUUGGCGAGUCGGACUUGAUGUGAGGAAUGACAGUGAUGACGGUAUGAUAGCACAUUGGAUAGAUGCCGUUCGAAGAACUAAUGAUGACACGUCCACUGAUACGGUUGUAUUUGGGACAUGGAAACGUUGUUGA